GACUGAGGCAAGUAAGUCAUUAAGUACCUCAGCCUUCUCCAUAUCCCAGGUAACCAGGUCACCUAUUUCCUUCCAGAGAAGGCCCACAUGUUCCCUAGUCUUCCCCUUUUCACCAACUUAGCUAUGGAAGCUUUUCUUGUUGCCCUUGACAUCCCUGCCCAGAUUUCAUCCUUUCAGGGCUUUAGCUUUCCUAACCUGAUCUCUGGCUGCUUGAACAAUUCCUCUGUAUUCUUCUUAGGCUACCUGUCCUUGCUUCUACCCUCUAUAUCAACCUGUAAUAUACGGAAUAUAGUGAAAAUUGCACAAAACGAAAUGACCAGUUGCAUUGUCUAUUUUUUUAAUUGGAUUUGUUAUUUAUAUGUUAGUAUAAUGUAAAUCAAAAUAAUGGUUUGCUGCCACUCUCUCCUGAUUGAUCUGUGAAUCAUACACAGCGGUAUGUAGACACUUGAGUUUGCUUUUGAAAUGUUUCUGGUAUCUGAUGAUGGGAAUGCCCCAGUGCCCUGGACUGCUUUUAAUAGCAACAUCUAAAGAAAUCCAAUACAUGCAUAGAGUCCCAGCCUGUUGGGACAGGCAGUGGUGUUCUCCUGCCUCGUUGAAAUAAUGUCAUCUUUCAAAUUACGUAUGCAUCCUGAGUCACCUAGGCAGUGUUGGCCUCCCACCAUGCUUAAGUUCCUCCACUGUCUUUCCUGGGCAUUGGUAAUUUGCAUGCCUGGGUGUAGCCUGGCAGACACAGAUGGUAAAUGAUAAUGUUCUGGGAUCAGAACUAGCUGCAAAUGACAAGUGGCAGGUUAGUUCAGUGCUAAUUAGUUUCCUUUGGAAACUGGCUACCUAGUUACCUUCUCUCUGCCCACAUUUGUAUGUCUCUUCAUAGGAUGGCUGCCUUGCUGCUACCACUCCUUCAAAGGGAACACUGCGAGUAGAAGGUAUUUUGAAAAACAGUUUGACCUGUCGGAACAGACACAACUGCCCAUGUUUCUCCACUGUAGGAACUCGCAUGCUGAAUUUUUAGACAUAAUGAGAAGAAACCGAGAUAGAUUUGUAGGAGGGGUGGUACAUUCUUUUGAUGGCACAAAAGAAGAAGCAGCAGCUAUAAUAGAUUUGGAUCUUUAUAUUGGAAUAAAUGGCUGUUCAUUGAAAACGGAAGCCAACUUAGAAACAUUGAAAUCGAUUCCUAGUGAACGAUUAAUGAUAGAGACUGACGCGCCUUGGUGUGGAGUGAAAAAUACUCACGCUGGAUCUAACUACAUUAAAACUACAUUUCCUACAAAAAAGAAAUGGGAAAUUGGGCACUGCUUGAAGGACAGAAAUGAACCCUGCCAUAUAAUUCAAAUACUGGAAAUAAUGGCGGCAGUAAGAGAAGAUGACCCACUUGAGUUGGCCAAUACUCUCUAUAACAACACUAUUAAAGUCUUCUUUCCAAAUAUAUAGUCAUUUUUCUUACAUUAUUCAGUGUAACUUCAGUAAAUAUAUUGCAAAAACUUAAAAAUUACCAUAUCUGCAAGUUCUUAUCAAUGGAAGCCAAUAUGUAGCGCUCUUUUUUUUUUUUUAUGAUACAAGAUUAAAGCUGCUUUCGAAAAGGUG